AUGUCAUCUCUUUCUUUAUCUUUCUUCAACGACGUUACUGGCACACUCUACUGGAUGGCGCCUGAGGUCAUACACUCACAUGUAGGUUAUGGGUUCAAGGCCGAUAUAUGGUCUUUCGGUAUCACUGCGUUGGAGCUAGCACAUGGCCAUCCACCCCUCUCUCACCUCCCACCCUCUAAAUCGCUGGUGGUGAGGAUCACUAACCGCUUCAAACUCAACUACGAAGAUGAUCACGAUGAAGAAAGUGUCAUCGGCAAGAAGAAGAACAAGAAGGAUAAGAAACCAAGAAAGAAGUUCUCGAAGGCAUUCAAGGAAAUGGUUGCUUCUUGCCUCAUGCAAGAUCCAUCAAAGAGGCCAUCUGCCGAGAAGCUGCUCAAGCAUCCUUUCUUCAAGAACUGUAAGUCGUCUGAUUACCUUGUCCGGAAUGUACUGCAAGUAUUGCCUAUAGUGGAAGAAAGGGUAAGGGAGUACUUAUUAGUUCCUCCAACAUCCACAUCUAUACAAGAUGAUGAUGAUGAGGACGACGGUAUGUUGCUGCUUAUCAAAAACAGAAGGAUUAGUGGAUGGAAUUUUAAUGAAGAUGUCUUCCAGUUGGAUCCUGUUUUCCCAAACGAUAAUUGGCAAGAUAAUGUUAAAAAAGUUCAGUUCAUGGAGGAGAAGGAAGGCGGCGAUAAAGAAGAAAAUGAUCGAGAUAGCGAGGCUGGGGGCCAUGAAAAGGACAAUGCCAAGAAGAGUGAUGGCAAUGACGACAACAACGAUGAUGAAAAGGAUGGUAAUUAA